UACAUAUAGUUGUUGUAUACACACACAAUACACGCACUCUAAGCAAGAAGAAAAAUGGCACUAUGGUUAGAACCCGGGUCAGAACCCGAAACCCAGAGGGAGGCAGAUGAUCUUGCUGCUAUCAAUGCUAUCAAAGUGUCUGCUGCUGUUGAACUUAAGGAAAAGGGUAAUGAGUAUGUCAAGAUGGGAAAAAAGCAUUACUCUGAUGCUAUUGAUUGCUACACCAGGGCAAUUAAUCAAAAAGCUUUAAGUGAUGCUGAGAGCUCGGUUCUGUUUUCAAAUAGAGCUCAUGUGAAUUUACAACUGGGAAAUUACAGGCGCGCUCUAUUAGAUGCUGAACAGGCGAUCAAGCUCUCUCCCACCUACGCUAAGGCAUACUAUAGAGCCGUGAAAGCGUCCUUGUCUCUAAAACUGCUGGCCGAAGCAGAAUCAUAUUGUCAAAAAGGUCUGGAGCAGUUUCCAGAUAAUGAAGAAUUGAAGAAGCUUUUUAGCCAGAUUUCUCUGCAGAAAUCAGAGAAUGAGCUCCGCGAAGCUCAAGUUUCUAAAGCUCUGUCAGCAGCUAAGAAACUUGUCUCUGCUAUUGAAGAUAGAGGAAUCAAGUUUGGGAAGGCCAUGUUCCAGGAACUCACCGGAGUAAAGAAGCCGAUGAUAGAUAAAGAUAACAUCCUUCAUUGGCCUGUUCUUCUUCUAUAUGCAGAGGUCAUGUCCAGCGACUUCAUCGAGGACUUCUGUGAGACUGACAUGUUUUCAGCUCAUCUUGACAUGAUGUUUGCAGAAGAUAGUCCUCCCUUGCCAUGGGAUAGAGAAAAUGCUUACAAGCGGGAGGCUAUUGAACUGUACUAUGAGGCUGCUUCUGGAGUUCGUCUUUCUAAAAAGGACAGUCUUCGCUAUUUCUUGGAGGGGACUGUUGGUUCUCAUAUUGAAAGCUUUGAUGAUGAUGAGAAACAUGCUGAUGAAUACUCAGUGAAUGACGUCAAUUCAAAUGGCCAAGGUCGCUCCAAGUGGAUUAAAGUAAAUGAAAAGCGAACACUUUAUGAUGUUCUGAGAGAACCCAACUUUCUAAUCCCUGGUAUUCCUGUAUUCUAUGUUGUCUCAGCUAAGUCGAGUUUCUAUAAGAAGUUCAAAGCGGGGAAAUGGGCUCCUCCGCCGUGAGAUGGUCAUCAAUAACAAGUUGAAAGAUCAUGAUCCUCUAUACUUUGACUAGAAGUGUUGUGUAUGCCGGUUGUUCAGAGUGAAUUAGAUCAGCAAAGAAAGUCAUUCAUGUACUAAUGAUAUUUGUAAACAAUGUCUAUGCCAGUUUAGGCCUUUUCAUUUUCUAAACUACCCACUUCAAAAGUUGUAUACCUUUUCACUAAAGUUUGGAGUGACUUGAUUA